AUGCUGGUGCGGUCGCUGAGAAUACCGCCCACGCUCCUUCUCCUUCUGGUCUUUUCCGGCUUCCUUGGGUGGCACUUCAGUCAGUCGCCACUUCCCGAUCUCGCGCCAGCCCCGCGACCACCGCCACCACCGCCUGCUGAGCGCAAACCAGCGACAGCGGUCGAAAAGAAGCCUUCGGCAGCCGUAGUGAAGCAGAAGCCUGCGCCAGCGUCUCCAAAGAAGCCUCUUCGCGUGGCUCUGGUAACAUUUGUGACGGAGGAGCGGUCGUACCUGCACAUCUCGCUCAAGUCCAAAGACCACUACGUUCGCCGCCACGGCUACGACCUCAUCGUCGAUUACGAAGCGCAUACAAAAGACAAAGGCACGGUAUGGUGGAAGUUUGACAUGAUCAGGCGGCUGAUCAAGAAGGACAAAUGGGACUGGAUUUGGUGGCUCGAUUUCGACACCCUGAUUACAAACACCGACAUUAAGGUGGCAGACAUCAUAGAGGAGACGUUGAAGAACGCCACGACCCCGGCCGAACUUGAUUACCUCUUCUCCAACGACUGCAACAACUUGAAUCUUGGCUCGUUCAUCGUGCGCUCUCACGAGCGCUCACUGAAGUUCUUGGACGAUGUGUAUGCCGUCGAGGCUGCGGUAAAGAAGGCGGAUCCAGAAGCGCAGCUGAGCGAGCAAGACGCGAUUACGAAACUUAUGGAGCAGGAUCCGGCCUCUAAGAAGAGGAGUACUGUCAUUCCCCAGUGGAUGAUCAAUUCAUUCCCGGACGAGAUUCCGUGCUACGAGGAACCGGAGCGCCCUUGGAAGAAGGGCCACUUCCUGGUCCACUUUGCCGGCGCGUGGGCGCACGUAAAGGGCACAGACCCGACAGGGCAGCUGAUGAAGAAGUACAAGGAUGAAAUCAUCUGGGGAGAUUGGAAAGGCUUUUACUAA